CUGCAGGUGCCUCUUUAUCUUCGCCGACUUUCCCCGCGAUCACCGCGAAAGACCGCGCGAUUUGCUCUCAUCUUGGCCGUGCCCCACAUUCCGAUAAUGAUUCUACGCAAUCGGCAACCACUAAUCUGUGUUCCGAUCGCGUCUCUUUUUUUUUCUCUUUUGCUUUCCGGCGUGCAUCGCAGCGUGUUAUUACUGGCGGUGGAAAUCUCCCCUGUGCCAUAAAGCAAGUGGCUUGAUGUACGGAUUUUUCCUUCUUUUCUUCCUUCGAACCUCGGGCCUCGAUUUGCCCCGCGCUGCUACCUUGGAGACGUAAAGUUGUUCCCCGUUCAAAUUGUCGCUCGUAAUUGAUGCGGGUUUCAUUACAAGAUCGUAAGAAAGGAAGCGAUACGUCGAGUAAAUGAAGAUUUUAUUUUAAAGUGGAAAAUAAGCUUCUUAAAUUAUUUUAAAUAAGAAAAGAUUCUUAGCCGUUUUCCAACACAUUUUUAAGAAUUUAUAGUAAAAGUUGUUUUACUAUAAUUAGGAGUUAUAAGUGCAUAUUUAAUUUGAAAAUACGGAGAUGGAUUAAAUAAAGACGAAUAUUAUUAUUUAAAAUUUAUCUUAUUUGCUUAAUUUUACUAAUGGAAACAAUUAAGAAAUGUAUUUUCAACUUUAGUUUAAUCAUUUUAAUACCACUGUGCAUUAAAUGUUAAAUGAAUUACAAAAACAAGGAAUAAUGAAAACUGAGAUGGUUUUACAGGAAAUAAUACGUACAGAUAUUGUAGAUUUAUAAAUUCAUGAUCUCUCUCAGCUAUCUUAUUUUACAAAAAAUUGUAAAUUGAAUUGGCAACAAAUUGAACGAUUAAGUUUUGUCCAGAGGAGAACUAACAAUUGCUUUUUAUUUUAAAAACCGGAUGAGUUGUCAUUGAAUUAAGCAUGUCUGAGAAUGAUUAAACUUUGUCUAACUUUUCGCGUUAUGCUUUAUAACUUCGUUAAGUUAUUAAACUCACAAAAGGAAUUAUAAGAAAAUGUCCCACAAACUUCUAUUAAUCCCUAUAAAAUAAAACGGGCAUCUGACCAAGAAACUUCGUAGAUCCCACCCCAAUUUAAUAUAAAGAAUUAUUUUUAGAAAAGAUGGUGUAUAUCUCGAAUUAAAUUUCACAUAUGCACUGCCAUUUCGUCACCAAGCCGUAAUUGACCUCGGUCUCCCAUGAAACCGAACUACGAACAGAAUUUUUCUUUUCUUACAUAUUCACGUUAAACGGAAAAAGAUUAUUGGUACACUCGAAAAACACGAUCAUCUGCUCGGCACAAAGUCUCAAGCGCGCUGCAGACACGAGGGGGAACAAAAAUUCGUCGUGCACGUGAGUUCGUGCGUUCUCCUCUGUGGCUGCGGAUCUAACGAUCGGCGAUCGAGGAGAUCGAGGCAGCCGUGGAGGCCAGCUUGAUAUUCGUCGGAUGCGCGUCGCGGAGCUCGGCCGCGUAUGAGCGCGGAAUAAAUUAUCCCGGUGUGUCGGUCUGGUCCCUCCUGACGACCUCCCUUCGCCUCUCUCCCUUCGCUUCUCUCCCUUUUCUCACCGCAAGUCGUUCCCUCUCUAUCCCUCCCCUCUUCUUCUAUCAACGUCCGACUAUCUCAUUCCGCUUGCUCCGGCAAUCACUCUUCGCGUUGCCGUUCGUUUAUUCCUCUCCGUCUAUCUCGUCUCUCCCACCACUCCCGCUCGCGGAGUGUCUAUAAUGACUCCUCGUGGUGGGACGAUACCGGAAGUGAAGUCAGAACGGCGGAACCACGACGUUCACUCAAUGGAAAGUUCGAGCUCCGCCGGCGCGGGCUGCUCCGAGGCGGCUGUUACACGCUCGCUCGCCGUCUCGCGCGCGCGAAGGAAAAUCUCGCGCGGACGCGAGUUACGCGCGAGCAGCUGCCGAGGAAAAGUCGCGGCUCGUGUCGUCGGGCAGGAUCGUUCAAAGUGCGACGUUGCGAACGGGGAUACUGAUUGGAUACUCGGGAGUGAAAAGCUACGUGGGAUCUAGGGAUGUUAAUAUUCGAUUGGACGUCCAGCGCGGAAUUGAAGAGGAGGACAAAGGGAAUCGGGGGGGAAAAGCCAUUUGGGAAUAAUGUGAACUGAUAGGAAACUGAAUUACAAGUAGAUCGCAGGACAUCGGUUUAAUUUGCUGUGCCGUGUUGACUGAUGGAAUCUUAUCGAGAUUAAUGAAUAAGAAAGAAAACUGAUGAAUAAGGGAAAGAAGGGAGAUUUGAUUCGGAAAAAGAAGCGAUCGAUCGAGUUUGCCAAUUGAUUUCUGUUAUUACGUUAUACGCGGGAGGGUUGCGUGUUCCGGUUGAAGAAAUUUCGAUUGAGCGAUAAAUUUACGAGGGAAGAUGAAUGUGACAGACCGUUCGAUCGGAAAGAAAAUUUGACAACUGAAUUAAUGAGGGAUAAAAAAAAUCUAGGAGAGGCAUCUAUUUGAUGUUGCAUUAUCGCGGCAAACAAAGUGCGUUUUAUUGUGAAGCGCCGGAAGUCUCGGGGAGCAGCAAAUAACAUCGUCGAGUAAUCAAGGCAGCGGUUGAAUAAAUUGGAUCGGGGAUAUUACAAGAACCGUCGAGAGACGGAGGGAAAAGGGGCGGGGAAAGAAAAAGGACGCGCAAGGAAAGUCGCCAUUAAGCUGUGGCAAAGAAAAAGCUUUCUCCACGCGAGACAGAAGAGAAACGAUAAAUUUGCGAGGGACAUUGUGCAUUAACGUCUAUUUCGGGAGCAGUGCGCGAAAAUCUAAAAGUGUGUCGAAUUCGUGAUAAAUUAUCUGGGGUUUCAUCUGGAAAAUCGACGAAAAGAUUGACACACUUUGUGUUUUCGCUCUGCGGUUUCCUCCCCGAGGCAAAUACGCUGAAAAUUUCGGUUCGUCAGCGCGAACUUUUUCAUGGAAUAUAUGAAGCCCGCCGAACGAAGGAAAGUUUAUUCCGCAGUCGACUUCGAAUGCGUUCUCUUUUCGUGCGCAACCGCAUGAAAAAUAGUGGAGUUUUCGCUGCGUCGAACAAUAAGCAUUUUUUCGCGCGAAAGUGACAAGAUGAUGAUGGGUCUUUGAGAGAAAAAAAAAAGGAAAAAAAACAAGAUCCAUGUGAUUUUUCGUGGGCGAGACAAAAGGUUGUCUGUGAAACGGAAGUCCGUCGCGAGGAAGGAUACUAAUUAACCCAAUUCCUCCCGAAAUUGCGUUAACAAACCAGCAUACAUUUUAAUUUGUUGUGUUAUCACCCCGCUCGCUUCCUUAAUUAAAGUGAAAUCAUUGUCUCGUGCAUCAAUUACGGAAAAAAGGCGUACGGAACGGCAUAAAUAUGUAUUAGUGUAUCUCUCGACGAGAGCGAAGCAGUCAUCGUGCGAAGAAAUUAACGAAACUAAUUUGAGAUAAACUGCUGCGACGUCUUAAUGAAGGAGAACUAAUGAACUUUGUAAUCUCUUAAAGUGCCCCGGCGCGGCAGCUGGCAGCCUGUCAUUGCCGCGCGAGGCUCCUUUUCCCCGCGUAAAACAAAGAAUUGCCGACGUGCGACGAAAAGACUUUCAAUUUGUACGGGAAGUCGCGUGUUGGGUGGUCACCACGCAAACCACCGAGUCACCAUCGGUACGUCCCUCCCCGCGCGAUCAGCACGAUAUACUUUUCUACGAUUUGCGAGCCAGUUUAAAUCUUAAAUCCGUAGACUGACGAUUAUAGUAAUCGGCUCCGACUAUGGGCGGGAGGACUUGAUCCUCGAACGCCCGUUAUUCGAAGUGACACGCAUCGGCUUGGUCACAGACCCGCGGCCUGUCAUUGUCGAUAACUCGUUCGCUAGGGGAAGUGAUCGUCAAGGGUGAAAACAGGGGACUCGGAGUACAUUUGUGAAAGUAUUUGUCAGAGAUGGUCAGCCAACACGCGAUGGCCACCACCGUCCGCAAAGUCAAGCAGGAGAAUCGUCUCAGGCGGCAGAAUCACAACCAAGAUGAAGAGGGAUCUUACAAGCCAGUGCCACCACCGAAACCGGUGUCGAACAAUCAAAAGAAUCAGGAUGUUCAGCAGGACGAAUACCGGGAGCAGGCGGUAGCCGAACAGCCAUCGUUGCGAACGACUUCCGGCCCGGAAAGGACCAGCGUCGCGGAGAACGGGCAGGUUCGAAGCGCACCCGGGCAGCCCUUUACACCGGAAUACAGGAUGCCACCCUUGUACGGGGAGGAGCAGAGUUCGGGUCAGGCUCAACAGGCGGCCAGUUUGCAAACUCAUAGCAGCAAAUUCCCGAUAGAACGCGAAUUGAUCUUGUCGUCGGGGGACAAGAAUUCCAAGAUCCCCAUUCUUCACGAGUACAAACAGAGGACUGCCGGAAGAGUCGCCAUCGCGCCGGAUGCACCGAUCAAGCAACAGGCCUGGGUUCAGGAGGGAACUCAAAUGCAGGAAGUAAGACAGGACGGCCAAGCGAGGAACUAUCAGUCACAGGACGCCUACUCAUCUAGCGGAGCGGUACCGAGGACGACGAAGAUUGACGAGGAAAAGACAAAAUCACUCUCCAGGACUUAUCACACGAUUAAGGACAUGAUCUCGAGCCGUUUCGGACCAAGUCGCAAGGACGUCGAGCCGGAACCGGAAGCCAGUCUGAACAACGUUACGGAGGAGUUGCGAAAGUCGAGCAGGAGCAUCGACGAUGACGAGGCCAGGAAGAAGGAAGGGAUUUACGGAAAACCCCGCACGCAGGAGCCGUCGGUUAAUGUGCAACAAUAUUCGAAGAAUGCUUACGGUCAGUAUGGACACUCGUAUGGCUAUCAAAGCAACCAACAAAAUGUGCCUUUACCAGGCCAACUGCAACCGACGGCGACCAUUCAGCCGAAUUUGCCAGGGCAGAGUGCUCAGCUACAUGUGACCCACCACACACCGCCAGGAGGAAUUCAAACAGUUCAUCAAACUCAAGUUCCUGCUUUCGGCCAAACCGCGACAGGUGCGCAGCAGGUGCAAAAUGUUACGAGGGAGUACAUGGUUCAGCCACCGGGCGGUAUGACCGGACAACAAAUACAUCAGGGAAUCCAUCAGAAUCCCACGCAGGCACAGGGGCAAGGCACGCAAAUACAAAAACCGCACGGUCUGUCCGUCCAACAGCAUCAAGUGGGCAAUGCGAUGCCGCCGACGAGUCUAAGCUUCCAGAGCACUCAGCAGUUGCUUCAUCAGAAUCAGAACCAUCAUCAGAGUCCGCGGUUCGCGCAGCAGCACGCCCAGAACAUGCAUCAGCGUCAACAAUUGAUCCAGCAGAUGCAGCAGCAGCAAAUGGCCGGUCAGCAGGGCUCGCAGACCGCAAAUGCACGAAACAUGCCGCAGUCGUAUUUCCCCAACAGUGUAUCUUAUCAGCAGUAUCAGCAGGCGCGACAGGCCAUGUCGAGGUCACAAAUCGAUCUUCCGAGCACGUCAAGACAAACUCAGGAGCUCCGGGUAUCGGGUCAAGAGGGGAUCUACUAUCAUUACGCUCAGGGAAGACCUCGUUACGGCGUUCCUCAAGUGUACAUGAAGACUGAAAGCAAUCAGGAAACAGAGUUUCAGAGGCAAAACUCCGCGAAAGGUAUCGAAAAGGCAGCAUCGCAGCCGCAGCUUUGCUACGAAGACGAGCGCAACGCUGAGAUUUCGAAGAAUCCCGCAGAGAAUAUGAAGAACUUAACAAUAGAUCCGUUGGAUAAGGAGAGAUAUGAGAUCACGGUGGAAGAUCGAAGUCAAUGUGAACUCGGUAGAAACGGAUUACAAAGAAACGAGGAAUAUCGUCCGGAAACUAGCUUUGGCAUUCGAAGAGACGAGACGCGGACCUCAAAGAGGGAACAGGAGCAGGGGUCGUCAGGGCAAGAGGGAGGUCAGGAUUUGGCAGAGGUAAACUCCGUGCAGAAGAGGAUCGAAGAGUUGCAGAAAAGAGCGGAGCAGGAAGGCCAUUUCAACUCCAAGCCACCAAAGGACGACGCGGACGGCUUAAGGGUCGGCCUGGCCACAAAAAUGAUCGGCGAGACUUCAAAAAGACUCGAUGGUGGAAAUGGUGGACAAUAUACUAGCGGAAAGGAGCCCGCCGUUGUGAAAUCAGAUAGGAAAGACGAUCUGGAGCAGGGUAUCGGCCGACUGAAGAUCCAAAAUCAAGGCUCAGGCUCGGAUUACGACAAGGCUGGCCAAAGUUCUUCGAAUGUCGAUUCCGGAAGGGGCUCCGCAGUCUAUUCGAGCGGAAGACGUCCGCCGCCCGAUGAUCAAACUUUGGCGCAAGUACAAGAUUCUGAAUGGGUGGACAUAGUGGAGUCGGAGUUGAGAAGUAUUUUGGAGCCUAGGGACGUUCCCGCGAUGGCACACUCGACUCUGUCCGAAAGUGUAUCUUCAGUAACACCGCCUCUGCCACCACUGUCACCCCAUGACAGCCCACGUACGCCGAGAAAUCGAUACUCAACGAGUUUACCAUAUGGAUCAAAACCAAAUUACAGCGAUUAUGGCAAGGCUAUGGAAAAGAGAGGUUUCUCAAGCGGCACAAAACAUCGUGGCGCUUCGACUUCCAAAAAGGAAGCUGCGAAAAAGUUUUCUCAUCUUUUCGGAGUAGAAGCUGCUGAUUUAACGUCUACCACUACAGGACUUGAUUUAGAUUCCAUGUUAGAUAGAAGUGAUUCCGAUCUCAGUACUACCGAUGCAAGGACAAUUAGAAAACAAUUGGAAGGCUUAGAAAAUAUGUACAGCGAAGUACUUAAAUUACUUGGCGGGAGUGUAAAAAAGAGGCGGAAGGCAAGAGGACUCACUAGUUAUGGUUCGGUUUCAUCAUUACCGACAUCCUCUGUAUCAUCGAGGCCUGUGACAAGGCAUCAUGACAAACGUAGAUCUCACGUGAUUGAUGAUAGGAUGAAGAAAGCCAAAGACAUUAAGAGCAUCAAUAAGCGUUUUCAGCGAUUGGAAUCGCAUGUAGUGACAUUGGCAAGAUCAGUGGCUCAUUUGAGUUCGGAGAUGAGAACCCAGCAUCUGAUGAUUCAGGAAAUGGAGAGCAUAAAGUGCGAGAUUGCGACUCUCAGAACACAAACGAACAUGGCGAUGGUGAGGUCGCAGUCACAGCCCCUGAUCAAGGAUUCGGAACUGCCGGCGCUCUCGAAUCCUUCGAGAGUGAAGAAACUGACCAAGUUCUUCGGCACGGAGCCACCUCUCAUCAGACUGUUCCUGAGGGAACUUGGGUAUGAGAAAUACGCGGCCGCUUUUGAGAAAGAGAAAGUCGGGAUGGUGGAGUUGCCUUAUCUGAGCGAGGAGAGACUUCAAAAGAUGGGGGUUCCCCUGGGCCCGAGGCUAAGGAUCCUACAGGAAGCAAGGAUCUCGGUGUGCAAGGAUCCGAUUUACGUAGUAUAAGUUCUUUAGACAGCGCGCAGAAACGUUUCGCGACGCAGCAAAGAGACUUUGCGAAAAAAAAUGCAGACAAAGAGGAAAAUGAAGAGCGAAGAUCUAGCGGGGAAUAUUCGUUUUUGUGCCGUCGACCGAUGGACGCGUUAGGACGUUCCUCGAGGCGUUUCUCGUAAACGAAUUCUCGAGCUUGAAAACGGUCCGUUUGAGCGACGGCUCUUUUCCCCCGUUUCAAUCGAUAGCUGUCUGAAAGCCACGUUUGCUGAAAUUGUUUUGGGUCUUUGGGGUGACAGAUUUGUUUUCUCGCGAGCAUUUGUUUCAUCGCUACACAUUACUAGGAGAAAAUGAGAUCUAGUAAUAUGUAGUCAAUUCAUAAAGCGAUGAAUUAAGCAAUUUAAAAACAUUUUUGUCCAGUUAUAAAUUAAACAUUUGAAGAAUUAAUUUAAAUGCAUAUUUGUAUAUUCAAAUAAAUAAACACUAGAUAUAAAAAACUAUAAGCGCAAAAAAUUAAAAUAUUUAAAAGAAUAUUUUUUUAAAUAACGCAUAGUUUAGUGUUAUAUCAUAAAUGUCAUUUCUAAACUUUUAUAAUUGAUAAUAAUUUUUGUGCAUAACGUACAUAUUUUUUUUAACAAAUUUUCUAAAAAUGCGCUAUUGAUUACUUCCACUAAUUUCGAGCAUAUUUGUUUCGGAUACGUUGUUUCGGAUAAUAUGACCCAGAUAUCGUAAUCAUUCCUGGAAUAUUUCGCAUUUCCUCAUUAUCGCAAAUCGAUAAUGCGUUUCUUCGAAUAUUGCGAAAUAAUUGGUUAUGAUGGGAGUUAUGCUUGAGAUUAAAAUAGAUACUUAAAAAAGCAUUGACAUUAUGAACUUUAAGUUAUAAACUUAAUGUUUAUAAAUUGUUCUGUUGCAAUGUCAAAAAUAUAUUAAUGAGCAAGAAGAAAUAAAAAAGCUCAAUUAUAUAAUAUAUAAUUUAUAAAUAAAGUAAAUUGGAAAGUCAACAAUUUACUGACGGGACCAAUCAAAAUGUAAAUACGUUAAACUACUGAUACUAUCAGUAGUGCUAGGAAACCGAGCUAUCGUUCUUAUGUUACACAAGAAGAGGAGAGUAGAAAUGUAAAGACGAUCCGCAAGGAUCUUGACCUCCCCCCCUCUCUCUCUCUCUCUCUCUCUCUCUCUCUCUCUCUCUCUCUCUCAUAUUGUUCGUUAAAUAAUGAGAUUACUAUGUAGAUUUAGUUUAUACGUGCGGGUUGAAAGCCGAUGUUAUGGCUCUACCAUGUGCGGUUAUAAAAUUUGUGGCGCUUAUAAAAUCAACGAUUAAACUCGAGAAUAGCCGCGUACAUUGGGAACAACGAAUCUCACACAAGUAUGUUUGCCAAAGAGACGUGCGGACAUCGUCCAAGUGGUAUGGCCGAGAUUUUUUUACUAUACAUAUUUCAAUAUAUUUUACAAAUAUUUUUUCGAAUAUUAAUUAUUGCAUUAAAAAAAAAAUCAACUUAAUUCUGUGGAAAGUAACAUUACUUCCGUCAACUUUGGAAUAUCGCAUGUAAGUAAAAGUAAUUUGUAAAACAUAAAAAGUGAGAAAUCCGAAAAUUUUUGUAUUUUUAUUACUGGAUGUUUCGCAGAUUAUUUUAAUAAUCCUAUUUUUUCUUGAGAUAGAUGUAGAUAAUUUAUACGGAACAAUUAUAUAUAUAUAUAUAAAACACAAAUUUUUUUUCGACAUGUUAUUGCUCGCUCUAUAUUUUUGCUAUUUGAAAUUUCGGUUGCAUGGCAGCAUGCGGCGCGUUAUAUCGAUACCAAAGAAUCGAUACCUGUUCCCUUGUCGCGACGACGACAACGACAACGAUAAUCGCUACUUGUGAUUGCGGGUCACAGGAACGAGAAGACACGCCACUUUGAUACUUGAAUAAAAAAACUCUGUACUCUCAUUUGAGAAUACUAUAGAUGUACACGUAGAUUUGUUAUUAAGCAAUAAUGUAUGUGUUAUUAAUGCAUUGUUUAUAAAAUUAUAUGAUUAUAUAUAAUACAACUGUACUUCCAGCAAAAUUUGCUCUGAUUAAUAUAUUAAGAAUGGUAAACAAAUUAA